AUGGCCUCCAAAAACCAUCUCCCGCAUCCCCAUCAGCAACCAUUCACGCCGAGCUCGACAUCAACAGCCUACGGAUCGCCAGCCCCAGAUCACGGGCGUCUACCAUCACUACCUCAUCCUCAACCACAAAAUGGAGGGGCCGCAUUGUCGCCGGCGGCAUCGGCGGCAUCGGGGCCGUCGUAUUCGACCCCCGUCGCACAGCAGCAGCAGACGACGGCGACACCGAAAAGCUACCAGAACAACGGCAACGGCAACGGCGCUCUUCACCACCCGGAUGAGAGCAUCGACGGCAACUCGGCCAGCCCUGACGACGGCGGCGACAAGCCUGCCAGGAAAAAGCAGAAGCGCAACAAACCUACCCUGUCGUGCUUCGAGUGCGUUGAGCGCAAGACAAAGUGUGAUCGAGGUCGACCCAACUGUUUAGCAUGUAUCAAACGCCAGACGGAAUGUCAAUAUGCGGCCGUGGCCACAAUACUUGAAGAAACAACAAGAUCCCUCGCCAACGGCCGCCGCAUGACAAAACCCCCAAAGUCAAAGGGGCCGGGCGACAUCUCCACCAUCCCCAACGUCGCCGACAGAGGCCUCAUCGAGGGCCGCGGCUUCACCUCCCGCGGCUCCGUCGGCUCCAUCGCCUUCUCCUCCUCCACCGGCCUGCUCUCCAACGUGCCCUACUCCCUCCCGACCGCCAGCAACGUCUUUGGCAUCGGCUCCGAGCACCCCUUUGCCAACUACUGGACCUGCGAGGGCGGCCUGCCCGAGGUCAUCUCCGUGCUGCCCGAAAAGGUCCAGGCCGACAUUUUGCUGGCGCAGUACUUUGAGUGCGUCGACCCGGUCUACCCCAUGAUCCACCGCCAGACUUUUUACGCCGACUAUGAGCACUUUUGGAGCCUCAGCGCCGAGGAGAAGAACCGCGUCGACGCCGCGUUUGUGGGCCUCAUCUUUGUCAUGCUCGCGCUGGGCACGCAGUUUGUGACGUCCAACUCGCCCAAUGAUGCGAAGCAGACGGCCGAGUUUUAUGCUUCGGCGAGUAACCAGGCGCUUCGCAUGUUUUCCUACCUGAGCGCUGCUUCGUUGCGCUCCAUUCAGUCCAUGGUGCUGUUGACUUACUUUCUGAUCAACGACAACCACGCCUCGGAUGGCUGGGCGUUUGCCGGCAUACUCAUCCGCCAGGCCUACGCCAUGGGUCUCCAUCGCGAUCCCAACAUUGUAACCCCCGACGCCCCCAUCUUUGAAAAACAGCAACGCCGCAAGCUCUGGCAAGCCGUCCUCCUCCAAGACACCUUCCUCACAGUCCUCCUCUCCCUCCCGCCGUCGGCAACACACACCGACGUCUCCGUCGAAGACCUCGUCGACGACGGCUCCGCCAUCGCCUCGAGCGACCCGACCGACAUUGCCUACAUCCGCGGCUCCUGGACCCUCGCCAACCUCGUCCAAGAAACUAUCUGCUCCCCGCGCUCCCUCGACCUCCCCAUCUGCGCCACCGUCCGCCACAAGUCCAAACUCAUCGCCGACUUCCGCUGCGUCUACCGCUCCUUCCCAGACGUCUUUCGCUCCUGGGACGCCGACAGCCUCGUGACGCUGGCGCGGACCAACAACCGCGUCGUGAGGCAGACGCUGUUCCUGACGAGCAAUUACCACCACAACAUCAUGCUCGUCUACGCGUCCGAGAGCGCCGAGUGUCCGUCCAACACGCGCGGCACGCUCGAGGCGGCGCACGAGGCGAUUACGUCGUUUUUCCUGCUCUUUGACAUUUUUGAGCUCGAGGCGAGGGUGUGGUGGGUUUUCAACCACCGCGCGUUCCUUGAGGCGCUGUGUAUCGGGAGUGUGCUGCGGGAAAUUGCCAAAGAUCCCGUUGCGGCGGAGGAGGCGGAGAGGGAUCCGUUGUUCCAGAGGGCCAGGAGUGAUAUUGCAAAAAUGAUCAAGAUCAUGGUGUUGAUGGGUGAGGGCGAACAAGGGUCCGACGUGGCGCGGGCUCGUGUGCAGGUGUUGAAGGACCUCUUGCCACCCUUGUAA